CCCGGCUAAGGCGACGAGCGGGCGCACGUGACCGGCUCCGAGGCGGGGGGCAAGGAGGAGGCAAGAUGGCGGCCGCAGCUGCUGCUGGGUGCAGGUGAAGGGUCCUUGGAGCUGCCACCGCCUGCGGACCGGAGCCAACCGCCGCCGCCUCGGCAGAAUCUCCCGCGACUGGAGAGUCCGCUCGCGGGGGCUGGGUCCCGCCGGCUCAGGGGUAUAUACUGUUAUAGAAGUACUUGAAGUACUGUCUAAAAAUGGCAAGUCUCAUGACUCAGAGUCUUGUGACCUAUGUAGAAGAGGAGAAUGUUCCUGCUCUAAAAGCACUUCUUGAGAAGUGCAGAGAUGUGGAUGAAAGAAAUGAGAAUGGUCAGACUCCAUUGAUGUUGGCUGCUGAGCAAGGCAAUUUAGAAAUUGUCCAAGAAUUGCUCAAGAAAGGAGCUAACUGCAACCUGGAAGAUGCAGAUAACUGGACAGCUCUUAUUUCGGCAGCUAAAGAAGGUUAUGUAGACAUUGUAGCAGAGCUGCUUAACUGUAAUGUAAAUUUGGAGCACCGGGAUAUGGGAGGGUGGACAGCCCUAAUGUGGGCAUCAUAUAAAGGCUGCACUAAAGUAGCUGAGCUGCUUCUUCAGAAAGGAGCAAACCCAAACGUCACUGGGCAGCAAUAUAGCAUUUAUCCAAUCAUUUGGGCAGCAGGACGUGGCCAUUCAGAUAUCGUACAUCUCUUGCUGCAACAUGGAGCUAAAGUCAACUGCUCUGAUAAAUAUGGAACCACACCGUUGAUUUGGGCUGCUAGGAAAGGUCAUUUGGAAUGUGUGAAAUAUUUGCUACAGAUGGGCGCUGAUGUUGAUCAAGAAGGGGCUAACUCUAUGACUGCACUUAUUGUAGCAGUAAAAGGUGGUUACACUGACUCAGUAAAGGAAAUUCUGAAAAGGAACCCAAAUGUAAAUUUAACAGAUAAAGAUGGAAAUACAGCUUUGAUGAUUGCAUCAAAAGAAGGGCAUACUGAAAUUGUGCAGGAUCUGCUUGAUGCAGGAACUUAUGUGAACAUUCCUGAUAGGAGUGGAGACACUGUGUUGAUAGGAGCUGUUAGAGGAGGUCAUGUUGAAAUUGUGAGGGCCCUGCUACAUAAAUAUGCUGAUAUAGACAUUAGAGGUCAGGAUAGCAAAACUGCUUUAUAUUGGGCUGUUGAAAAAGGAAAUGCUACAAUGGUGAGGGAUAUCUUGCAGUGCAAUCCUGAUACUGAAAUGUGUACAAAGGAUGGAGAAACCCCUCUUAUAAAAGCAACCAAGAUGAGAAAUAUUGAUAUAGUAGAGCUUCUGCUGGAUAAAGGAGCUAAGGUUUCUGCUAUUGACAAGAAAGGAGAUACUCCACUUCAUAUUGCCAUUCGUGGACGAAGCCGUAAACUUGCAGAACUGCUUUUAAGAAAUCCAAAAGAUGGCAGACUGCUUUAUAGACCCAACAAAGCAGGAGAGACACCUUAUAACAUUGACUGUAAUCACCAGAAAAGUAUUUUAACUCAGAUAUUUGGUGCCAGGCAUUUGUCUCCUACUGAAACUGAUGGAGACAUGCUGGGUUAUGAUCUCUAUAGCAGUGCCUUGGCUGAUAUUCUCAGUGAGCCAACCAUGCAGCCACCUAUCUGUGUAGGGCUGUAUGCCCAAUGGGGAAGUGGGAAAUCUUUUUUGCUCAAAAAACUGGAAGAUGAAAUGAAAACUUUUGCAGGACAGCAGAUUGAACCUCUGUUCCAGUUCUCGUGGCUUAUUGUAUUCCUUACGUUCUUGCUGUGUGGAGGGCUGGGUUUAUUGCUUGCUUUUACAGUGGACGCAAUGCUCGGAAUAGCUGUGGCACUGAGCUUAUUAGCAGUUCUAUACAUAUGCUUUACUGUGAUUUACUUUGGUGGCCGAAGAGAAGGAGAAAGCUGGAACUGGGCCUGGAUAUUAAGUACAAGGUUGGCAAGACAUAUGGGGUACUUGGAGCUGCUUCUCAAACUGAUGUUUGUGAACCCACCAGAAUUACCAGAGCAAACCACUAAAGCUUUACCUGUCAGAUUUCUAUUUACUGAUUACAAUAGACUGUCCAGUGUAGGUGGUGAAACAUCAAUGGCUGAGAUGAUUGCUACCCUUUCUGAUGCAUGUGAAAGGGAGUUUGGUUUCUUAGCAACAAGACUUUUUCGAGUGUUUAAGACAGAAGAUACACAAGGUAAAAAGAAAUGGAAGAAAACCUGCUGUCUCCCAUCUUUUGUUAUCUUCCUCUUCAUACUCGGUUGCAUUAUUGCUGGGAUCACACUACUGGUCAUUUUUAAUGUAGAUCCAAAGAACAUGACGGUGAAUGCUAUUCUGAUAUCAGUUGCAUGUGUUAUUGGUUUGGCGUUUAUCUUGAACUGUCGUACAUGGUGGCAAGUGUUGGACUCAGUCUUAAAUUCCCAGCGAAAACGUCUUCAUAAUGCUGCUUCCAAGCUUCACAAACUGAAAAGUGAAGGGUUCAUGAAGGUUCUGAAGUGUGAAGUGGAACUGAUGGCUAAAAUGGCAAAAACUAUUGAUAGCUUCACUCAGAAUCAGACAAGACUUGUCGUAAUUAUUGAUGGAUUGGAUGCUUGUGAACAAGACAAAGUUCUACAGAUGCUUGACACAGUACGAGUCCUGUUUUCGAAAGGCCCAUUUAUUGCCAUUUUUGCAAGUGAUCCACAUAUUAUUAUAAAGGCAAUUAACCAGAACCUCAAUAGUGUGUUACGUGAUUCAAACAUAAAUGGACAUGAUUACAUGAGAAAUAUAGUCCAUUUGCCUGUUUUUCUUAAUAGUCGUGGGCUCAGUAGUGCAAAAAAGCUGAUGGUAGCUUCAACUACCAAUGGAGAUAUUCCAUAUACAGAUACUUCAGGAAUACAUGAAGAAGUUGACAGAAGAGUUUCUCAGAAUAGCCUUGGAGAGAUGACCAAACUUGGCAGCAAAACUGCUCUUAAUAGACGGGAUACUUACCGAAGGCGACAGAUGCAGCGCACUAUUACACGCCAAAUGUCUUUUGAUCUGACCAAGCUUCUGGUUACAGAGGACUGGUUCAGUGAUAUCAGUCCUCAGACCAUGAGAAGAUUACUCAAUAUUGUUUCUGUGACAGGACGUUUAUUGAGAGCUAAUCAGAUCACUUUCAAUUGGGAUAGACUGGCUAGUUGGAUCAACCUUACAGAGCAGUGGCCAUACAGGACAUCCUGGCUCAUAUUGCAUCUGGAAGAGACUGAAGGUGUUCCAGAUCAGCUGACUUUAAAAACCAUCUAUGAGAGAAUUUCAAAGAAUAUUCCAACAACUAAAGAUGUUGAACCUCUGCUUGAAAUUGAUGGGGACAUACGGAAUUUUGAAGUAUUUUUAUCUUCACGGACACCAGUUCUUAUAGCACGUGAUGUAAAAACCUUUUUGCCAUGUACUGUAAACUUAGAUCCAAAGCUACGAGAAAUCAUUUCAGAUGUUCGUGCUGCAAGAGAUCAAAUGAAUAUUGGAGGAUUACCAUAUUCCACAAUGCCCUUACCUGAGGCACCAGCCAGACCAUCAUCAGUGUUCAGUCAGCCUUCAUCAGUCUGCUCUUCAUCCACUUCCUUCAAUGGGCCUUUCAAUGGUGGAGUUGUAUCACCACAACCUCAUAGCAGCUACUACAGUGGCAUGACAGGACCUCAGCAUCCAUUCUAUAAUCGACCAUUCUUUGCCCCAUAUAUUUACAUGCCAGGGUACUACCCUGGCAGUUCUCAUCACAUCUCACGUCCAUCACUAAAAACGGGUUUGUCCAGAGAUCAGAACAAUGGCCUAGAUAUUAUCAAGGAGGAUGCUGAUGAGGGGCUUUCUUCACCCACAGACCCCUCAAUGCUGUGUAAAUCUGGGUUAAACAAACAGAAACAGGGAACAGGAACAGUCACAGGAUCAGCCACUGGAGGAUCACAUGUGCCUUUGAGCUCAAUGAAUGUGGAAGCCAUAUGUGAGAAGCUGAAGCAGACAGAAGGGCUAGAUCAGAGUAUGCUACCUCAGUAUUCUGCAACUAUAAGAAAGGCAAACAUAAAUGGUCGUGUCUUGGCUCAAUGUAACAUCGAUGAACUGAAGCGAGAGAUGAACAUGAAUUUUGGUGACUGGCACCUGUUCAGAAGCGCAGUACUCGAAAUGAGAAAUACUGAAAAUCAGGUUGUUCAUGAAGAUUCUCAUGCAGUGAGUGAACAUGCUACCAAUGUGAUUCCUCACAAUGAGCUUGCUCAUCGUCCUGUGCAUAAUAGUGAAUUGCCUCACACUGAGCUUACAGGAAUUUCUGCUCAGGUUCCCUACGCGCUCAACUUCAGCUUUGAAGAACUGAACACAAUUGGUCUCGAUGAAGCUCCUCCACAUCACAGUAAUUUGAGCUGGCAGUCACAAACUCGCAGAACUCCAAGUCUUUCAAGUCUCAAUUCUCAAGAUUCUAGUGUAGAAAUCUCAAAGCUUACUGAUAAGGUGCAGGCAGAAUACAGAGAUGCAUAUAGAGAAUAUAUUGCUCAAAUGUCACAGCUAGAAGGAGGUGCAAGUUCUACCACUGUAAGUGGCAGAUCUUCCCCACAUAGCGCAUCAGCUUUCUAUAUGGGGCAGAGCACAUCAGGGGGCUCCCUCCAUUCCAGUAUAGAACAAGAAAAAGGAAAGGAUGGUGAACAGAAACAAGAUGAUGGACGAAAGUCCUUUCUGAUGAAGAGGGGUGAUGUUGUAGAUUACAGUACUUCAGGUGUUUCCAUUAAUGAUGCAUCUCCUUUGGACCCUAUCACUGAAGAAGAUGAAAAAUCUGAUCAGUCUGGUUCCAAGCUUCUUCCAGGAAAGAAAUCUUCAGAAAGAACAAGCAUUUUCCAGGCAGCAGAUAUAAAACUAAAAGGAGUUACUUUGCGCUAUCAGAAACUGCCAAGUGAUGAAGAUGAAUCUGGAACAGAAGAAUCAGAUAACACUCCACUUCUCAAGGAAGGAAAGGAUAAGAAAAUGGAUGGGAAAGUGGACAAGCAACCAAAAUCCCCAGAACAUGGAUCUGAGCCUAUUAGAACCUUCAUCAAAGCAAAGGAGUACUUGACAGACGCCCUUUUAGACAAAAAAGAUUCCUCUGAUUCUGGUGUGAGGUCCAGUGAAAGUUCUCCAAACCACUCCCUCCACAAUGAUGGAGCGGAUGAUUCACAACUUGAAAAAGCAAAUCUCAUUGAGCUUGAAGAUGACAGCCACAGUGGAAAGAGAGGAAUUCCACACAGUCUGAGUGGCCUUCAAGAUCCAGCUGUGGCACGCAUGUCAAUUUGCUCAGAAGACAAGAAGAGCCCUUCAGAGAGCAGCUUAAUAGCAAGCAGUCCUGAAGAGAACUGGCUUGCUUGCCAGAAAGUCUAUAAUCUAAACAGAACCCCUAGUACAGUCACCCUAAAUAAUAACAGUGCUCCAGCCAAUCGAGCUAAUCAAAAUUUUCAAGAAAUUGAAGAUAUCAGAGAUUCUUCUCAAAUCAUCCUGCACCCUGGCUCCAGCUCCAACUCAACUGCAGUUCAGAAUGAGAACCUAAAAAGCGUGGCUCUCAAGCGAAGCCAGCGUUCAAGUUAUACCAGGCUUUCAAAAGAUUCUUCAGAGCUCCAUGGUGUUACAGCCUCAGACGCUGCAGGUUUUGGAGAAGAGAGAGAGAGUAUUCUGUGAAAGGAACAAACAAAAUUAAAACAGAGCAUGUUUGCAUGUCAGAAUUUUCUUCAAAUCCCUAGUUUGUCAGUUCAUGAUCAUGCUAGACACUUCUUAUGUCUUUCAAUAGCCUCCACUAAUAAACCUGGAUUUUUUUCCAGGCAUUUUUUUAAAAGAAAAAAUAACCUACACUAUAAAAUAUUUCAUUACCCCUCCUCCUAAUUUAUACUGCUAGUAAAUAUAAUGCUCUUUUCCACAAAUGAAAGCAGUUCGUGUCUUUCUGCAUGGGAAUCAAAUUUCGUGCCAGAGAAUUUUGGGGGAAAAGAUGUUUUAGGAUUAAGUAGGUCAGGAGUAUUUCAUAUAAAAGUAAAACACAGACAUUAAAUGUCUGCUGCAAUGCACAAACUCACAUUUUGUUAUCCCUUCUAAAAAUUCCAAUUAAACAGAUUACUUUUAGAAAAACAUUGUACCAUGUGUUGCCAUCUGAAUUUACAGAAGCCAGAAGACACAAUAUUAAAAUACGUCAGGCCCUUGGUAACGUGAAAUUUCGUACUUUUCAUUAAUUAGUUGAUCUCCAAAAGUAUGUGUGACAUAUGAAAUAGAAUAUGGUGGUUAAGUAUUAAGGUACAUGAUUGGCUAACUGUACAUCUUUAUCACCUGUUCUGUAAUUACUUUUGUUUCUGGCAAUUUUAUUUGUGCAUUGUGCUGAUUUGUAGAGGACAUUGUCUGGAUAUAGUGUUAGAAUUAACAGAUAUUUAGUAUGUAAUGUUCUCUCAUUGAUUUAGUGAGUGUUCUAUUUAUUGUUGAUAUGUAAUUUCACAAUCAUUGCGCUAAAUAGUUGUAACUCCUGUUAUAUCAGGACAGUGUUUGCAAGUAUUGUCUGAAUUUAUGAAGUAUUGUUCUGUAUGCCCUUCCACUAAUAUAUUGUUUUUCACCUGGUUAUAGAAAGGAAAAAGUAAUUAAUGUUUGCCAUUUUAAAAGUAAUAUUAAAAAAUCAGUUCAGUGAUAAUAUAGUGUAUCAGCUUUCUUAUGUUAGAGAUAGACUAUUUAAUCGUUUGUGUUUGUCAGCUAAAUAAUGUAUCUGAAUGUCAUUGUAGCAAAUACUUUGUACUGUACGUGAAAUUUGCAUGAUUUUGGAAACUUGUUCAAUCAAAUAUACUCCAGUAGUAUAGAGGGAAUAAUAAAUAAAUUGGCAUAUUG